AUGUUGCAGUUUUUUGCUCAACAACAAGAACAAUUUCACGCACGAAUGAAUGAGCAAAUAGCUGCUCAAGCUGCGCGUCUUGAAGCAAUCACUAGCAAGCCACCUGCUGCCCGGAAGGCGGAGCCGCCCAAGGACCACGGCACGCUCAAUGAGGACCUAGAGCUGUGGUUUUUCAUGAUCGAACAAUACUACGCCGACUAUCACCCGAUCAUGGUGGAGAACAGCCCCGCGUUCGUCACCAUGGUGUCGUGCUACCUGGCACCCACGCCUAUGAAUUGGUAUCGGCAGUUUGUGGCCGAGUGUGAUCGAGCCCAAAUUGUCCGAACCUGGGAGACGUUCAAGGGUGCUAUGCGCAAACGUUUUCUGCCACCGGACAAUGAGUAUAUGCUGCGCGAGAAACUCUGCAAACUCACGCAAAUUGGCUCCCUGCACGACUACCUGAGCGCCUUUCAAGAUAUCCUGAUCCAAUGCCAAGUGACCAUCACCCCCAUGGAAUUGCGAUUCUACUUUCAACAGGUUCUUCGAUCGGAGACGUCCCACCAUCUCCGAGAACAUCACCCCGCUACGCUGGAAGAGACCAUCGAGCUCGCGUUGCGCUUUGAUCAUGGGGUCACUGGAGGAAGCACGCUAGCAACCACGGCCAAGUGGAUGGAAACCGCGACGUGUCAUCGUUGCAAGCAAGUUGGGCAUAUCGCUUCCAACUGCCCUUCGGUCAAGGGGUAA